CUUCCCCCCAUGGACGUUGUAACAAUAGUUCGUCAUCUAACGGCCGUGAAGCUAUACACCACAGGCAGCUAUGCGAUCGCCCUCUACGAAUAUAUUAUCACGUUCGACAGGGAAGUCGAGACGUUUUGGAAGAGACGAUUCACGUUCCCGACAUUCCUAUGGUUUCUCAAUCGAUACACUCUGUAUUGUUCACUCUUUCCGACGCUAUUGGGCUUUCAUAUCCCUCUCUCGGAAGAGGUAUGUGUCAACUUUGUCAAGUUCCCGGGUGCUAUGCAAAUAAUUUCAAACGUCGCAUCCGGAUCGACACUAUCACUCCGUGUCUACGCAUUGUAUGGACGAGCCUGGUGGGUCGUCGCGGUUCUCCUUCCGGUCUUCGUGGCCGAGAUCGCAUUGGAAGGCUGGGCCGUCGCUGGAGGAGUGCCCGCUCAGCUCCCUCCUGGCGUUGUUGGCUGUAUUUUAACCGGGAAACCGUCAGAAGGCGAUAAAUUUGCGGCAUUCUGGAUUGGACAACUCGUAUUCCCUACACUUAUUUUUAUCAUGACGCUCGCGAGAGCGGUCCGACUACAGCGAUUCGGCUCUGUUAAAGGUAGCUUGAUUAACGUUAUGCUUCGCGAUGGAGUCAUGUAUUUCCUCGUCAUCUUUUCCGCGAAUCUCGCAAAUGUCGUCACUUAUAGUGUUGCUCCGGAGGACCUGAAAUUUGCAAACGCACCGUUUACGAAUGUCAUCACAACGUUGAUGAUAUGUCGACUCAUGUUAAACUUACGGCGUGAUGACGCACCGGAUGUCGUCGUUACCAACUACUCGAUGGCCCAGAAGUUCGAUUUCCGGGCACGACUUACGUACCUUGGAGAUCUUGGAGCAGACAUCGACAUAAACGACUCCAACGACAAGGACAAACGCCGUGAAACUAUUCCCCGGUACAAAUCGGGAUAUCCACGCGCAUGGGGACAAGAGGAAUCUGGCCUCGAGCUGGAAACUUACAUCUCUGAAGUGCAGCGAACAUAAUUGUUUCCUUGGAUUUGCUGUAAUUUUUUAUUCCGCUGCGCGAAGGACUAGGAAUUGUAUGCUUGACCAAUUUCGUUUUCUUUUCACGGAUUGUACUUCUGUUUUCGUUAUUGCUAGAGACGGGUCUGCUUCGGAAACUAAUUAAUUGUUGUAAAAGUAAAGGUACCCUCGAAUCCACGCAUCGCUU